CCUCGUUGUGGUCAAAGUAUGCAACGAGAAGCUGGCAAGGCCGCAUUUCAUUUUCAUUUUAUUCGCGCGACGCCUGGGUCUCUUGUUUCUACUGCAUUAGAAAAAGAAGUUGUAGUGACCUUCGGAAAAUAAUUAAAUCGCAGAGCAGAAAAGCCGGAACCGGACGCUUCACAAAGACUUAUUCUCGCCAGCGUUAUUGCUCGAAACAAAAAUGUCAAUCGAUUUCGACAAAAACGAAGAUGAGCCGUCGCCGCUGGCGACGGCCGGCAGUUCUGCUCCCUCGCGCGUCCAAGAACUCGAGGCACAGCUCGAAGGCUACAAGCAAACGACUAAAUCCGCCCUGAAAGCCGCAACUGCGCAGAUUUUGAUACUGCAGAGGGAACUGGUAUCGUAGGUCAAUGAAAAUGGAUUUAUUUUGUACCGAUGGGGGUUAGGUCUCGAGGAUAUGAUAAGUCGAGGUGGUCGAAUUUCGUGUGCUGAAAUCCAACCGGUCGUCGAGGCUUUUGAUGGAAAAGAUGGAAAUAACACGUAGUAAGAACAAUCCUGAUUACAGCACCACUACACGAUCAAUGAAAAAAUCACCAGACUGCAGCACAGAAGGCUUUGAGCAGCAGUUCUGAGUACGGGAUUGAGGGAGCUUUUCACUCGGUUGACGAAGACGAACUGCAGGAACUGAGAAAACAAAUCAAGCACCUGGAGCUCGACGCGGAGUACCACCAGAAGGUAGCUGCGAGCGCGGCCGCGGAUAAAGAUCGGCUCACGCUGGAAGUCAGAAAUCUCGCGGCGAGCAACCAAGACUUAAAAGAGGAACUUGAGUAUUGUUUGAAAUGUUUGUGUUUCUCUAGCUUUUGCAUGCAGCACAGUACUUUUACUUCUGUCUCUGUGUGGGUUGCGGAUUUUUUAUGGCAAUAGUCUCUUUGAUCUUGAUGUCUUUGUCAUUCACUUUCACAUUCCCACCACAUCUAUCACUAUCAAUUCAUUGUGUGUGCAACUCACUAUUUACCUCCAUCAACAGGAUGGUUCGGCAGCAGCUAAGGCACUACGAGCUGAAUCAAGAAAACCACGCUCCCGCACAAGCGAAAAUAGAAGCAAAACUGAGAAGGCGAGUCGAAGACCGAAAUCUAGACUUGCAGCAUCGCGUGCAGAAACUUACAGCAAUAGUACUGCCGGCUUGAUGUUUCAUUUCCCUUUUUAUUUACAUUUGCUUCUUUUCUUUUAUUCUUUUUCCGCACAAACCCAAACCGACAAAUUCGAAUUAGAAUGCAGUACCUAUCGAUGUUGUAUGUACUAGUUGUUCAGUUUUGAUUUCUUGCGUCGACAUCCCCGCUAAAUAUGAAGGUUUCCGAGCAAGAGGUAAUGGCCAACCAGUACCAAGCGCGGUUUCUCCAGACAGGUCACAUGAUCGAGGCAAAGACGAAGCAGUUGGACCUGGCGAACGCUAGGAUAGCAGAGCUCAAGGCAAUGCUACGGUCCUACACGGAGAAGGAAAUACAUCACACACUGAGCGGUGUCAGGAAAGCCAUGGCCAACAAAUAG